UAUUCAGGAGGAAAAUAAGUAUGUAUACCAAAGAGGUGUUAAUACCACCCCCAAAUCUGACUGAUUUUGUGCAAAUCAUUUUACGUUAAAAGAAAGCCUUCUUGGUUUUUCCUCAUUUUCCAUUUUCAAAAUAUUGUAAAAUCCCCAAAAGUAGGCCAUCAAAUUUUAGAUAAAUUUUUCUAAGUUCGAGGCUGUUGAAAUUUUGCCAAGUUGCAAAUGCAUUCUGUCAGCUUUGUUCGCGUUUAUACGCUUUUGUACGGCUGUUCAGUUGGCCAUAGUCGCAAAUCGGAUGACGACCAUGACGGAGAGCGCAAGUCCCAGUUGCGAAUCUCGCUACGAAAUACCAACUAUUGGCGUCAUGUGCAUCGAUAUUGCCAGUACAUUGCAGAAGAAUUAUGGUCGGAAAUUCUAUAGCUAUAUAGCGACGUCUUAUGUCAAACUUCUGGAAGCAUCCGGUGCCCAUGUAGUGCCAAUUUGGAUCGGUCGGGAUCGAGCAUACUAUGAGUCAAUGAUGGGCCAGCUGAAUGGCAUCCUUCUGCCGGGUGGAGCGGUCUUCAUUGACGAGGCUGAUAGAAAAGCCCGUCCGGAUCUGACCAGCGAUUGUGUCCGGAGUGCCGAGCACAUUUACCAGCUGGCCAUGGAGCGGAACCAGCGGGCGAGAAAGCAGGACGAUGCCGGCGGGUAUUUUCCCAUUUGGGGAACUUGCCUUGGCUUCCAGUUGCUCCUUAUCCAUGCUGCCGAAGAUCCCAGAAUUCGCUCUGAUUGCCAGCCAAUGCGAAAAGCGAUGCCAGUAAAACUAGUCGAUAACUACCAGAAAUCUCAGCUAUUUAAGUCUUUGCCGCAUUCCGUGGCCGAGGAGAUGGAAAAGCUACCCUUUGCCUGCCACCAGCAUCGCUAUUGCAUCACGAAAGAGAGCUUGGAGUCCUGCGCAAUAGCCAACGAUUGGAGUCCUUUGGCCACCCAGAAGGAUCCUACUGGACUGGAAUUCAUUACGAUUAUCGAACACCGGCGUUUUCCCAUCUUCGGCUGCCAGUUUCAUCCAGAGCGGGCUGCUUUUGAGCAGCGUUUUAAUGCGAAGGACCUCUGCUACUUGGCGCAUUCCUCUUCUGGCAUCGAGUUGUCCCAAAUCUUCGGCAGUCGAUUUGUCGACGUUUGUCGUCGCAACACAAAUCGAUUCGAUACUCCCAAAUUAAAAGCACGACAUCUCAUCUGGAACUGGCAGCCUGUUUUCUCGGGACAAUUCGAGGAUUCCAACUGGCUGCAGUGCUAUCUUUUUGAAAAGGACGUAAACUAUCCAGAGGAACAAAAUGAAUCCGUGGAAUCUACCUCAACUGAUGAUUUGUGAUAAAUAACUGUGAACUAUGAAUUAGAAUCUCAUGAUCUUCAAUACCUAUUAAUUGAUGAAUUUUUAUAUUUUAAUGAAAUCGACCCAAAUAUAUAACAUUGGAAAGCAGUAUUUUAAUGUAAUAAAAAUAAUAAUUUGUAAUAGAAA